CGGAGAGAGAGAGAGCAAGCCGCAAGCUUCCCGUCCCUGAGGCCACUGGACUAGCCCACGGAAGUCUCCACAGCAUGUGGGAACUCCGAUCCAUAGCCUUCUCCAGGGCGGUGUUUGCAGAGUUCCUGGCCACACUCAUCUUCGUCUUCUUUGGCCUCGGCUCGGCUCUCAACUGGCCACAGGCCUUGCCCUCUGUACUGCAGAUUGCCAUGACCUUUGGCCUGGCUAUCGGCACCCUGGUGCAGGCUCUGGGUCACGUCAGCGGGGCCCACAUCAACCCUGCCGUGACCGUGGCCUGCCUGGUGGGCUGCCACGUCUCCUUUCUCCGAGCUGCCUUCUAUGUGGCGGCCCAGCUGCUGGGGGCCGUGGCCGGGGCCGCUCUGCUCCACGAGAUCACACCACCAGACAUCCGAGGGGACCUGGCAGUCAAUGCUCUCAGCAACAACUCGACAGCUGGCCAGGCCGUUACUGUGGAGCUUUUCCUGACCCUGCAGCUGGUGCUCUGCAUCUUCGCCUCCACGGAUGAGCGCCGUGGAGACAACCUGGGUACCCCCGCCCUCUCCAUUGGUUUCUCUGUGGUCCUGGGCCACCUCCUCGGGAUCCAUUACACUGGCUGCUCCAUGAAUCCUGCCCGCUCUCUGGCUCCAGCUGUGGUCACCGGCAAGUUUGACAACCACUGGGUCUUCUGGAUCGGACCCUUGGUCGGCGCCAUCCUGGCCUCCCUCCUCUACAACUACAUCCUGUUCCCGCCCGCCAAGAGCCUGUCGGAGCGCCUGGCCGUGCUGAAGGGGCUGGAGCCCGACACUGACUGGGAGGAGCGCGAGGUGCGGCGGCGGCAGUCGGUGGAGCUGCACUCGCCGCAGAGCCUGCCUCGGGGCAGCAAGGCCUGAGCGCCUGGGCCGGGCUCGGGGGAGCUCGGGGGAGCGCCCGCCAGCCCCGCCGGAGCCCCUCUCCCCAGGUCCGAAGCCGGCCCCCAGGGCAGAGUAGCUGCUUCCAGGACGUGCCGAAGCCAGGGCGGGGAUAGCGGUGAGCGUGGCAGAUCCCUUGCCUUGAGGCUGCGGGGCAGCGACUAGUCGAGUAGUCGACCCCGUGGCGCCUUGCAGGGAGCUGGGGACUUGGGCACCGCGCUGGGGAGGAAGGGCAGAGGAAGGCUCUGGAGAGCCUGCGCAGUGUACUGGGUGGGCGGCGGGGGACGGGGUCUGGGAAUGGGGCAUCAGGUUAUGCGCGUUCAUCCCCCAGUGCCUCUCUGUCCCCAGGUGCGGGGUUGUGCAUGCUCCUGAGUGUAAGCAGGUAUGCCUGUGGUGAUGCAAGUGUGCAAUGGCUGGCCACCUCUUGCUCCCCUCUGGACCCCUCCCUCCUCCACCUGCAAUAAAUCCACUUCCUCUGCAGUGGAUGAGUCCUUCUGGCCAUUCAUCCCCAGGAGCUCUAAGUGUGCUUCCCAGGAGAAGGGAAGAGGAGGGUAUGGAGGCCACUUUGAGAGAGCUGAAGGGAGGCCCUGAUAUCCAACCCCUACCCUGCCCCUUCUGGAAAAUUUCCCCAAGCGGAAGCACUGGGUCCUAAGACUUGCCAGGACCCAUUGCUAGACGUAGUGAGGUAUCAACCAGAGAACAGCUCCCAAAGUGGCCUCUGGGCCGUGGUUUGGGGCGGGGCAGGGGGAUGGUUGAGUGGCCAAGGACCUCCUUCCUGCCCUAAGAGAGGACCUCGCCCAAGGAGGAAGCAGGCAUGUGUGUGUGUGCUUGCCCAACAAGUGUACAUGCGUGCGACCUCAUCUCCAGGGGGGGCUCCAGACUCAGAGAUUAGCCUCCCACUGUGGCAGAGAAAACAAAAGGCCUUUGUAGGCCCCUGGGCUUUGUCUUGGGAGAGGGGGAGAUUUGCAACUAGACACUUCUUGAAAGGAGACACUCAGUUUCACAAGUGAGCCCUCUCGCCCAGCACACACCUAUGGCCGGCUGGGCAAGGCACUCAGGCACGCAACCACAGGCACCAGGCAACACGCCUCCAUCACCCAUCGCACCGCCAGCCCCGCUCCCCAGGCAGCAGCUCUUCUUCCCCUCUCUCCCUUCCACCCCCCAGCCCUGGUGCUCCCUCCCUUCUGGCUCCCACCACAGGACAUUACUGUGCAGAGAGCACCCUAGUGCCCUCAGGACCAAAGAAGGGAGAUGACUUUUCCAGGCAGAAGCAGGACUGUGUCUAGAGCUGGGCUUCUAAAUUUCCAGGCCAAUGCAAUGGUUCUCAAAUGAGAUUAACUAGGAUUAAGUGAGAUGAUGCAUGUAAAGAUGCUGUGUGAACUGUAUUCCUCAUACCAUUAUCAUGCAUUAUUGGGAUCAUUUCAUCAUUUCUGAUUCCUGGGGGGAGAAUGCAGAAGAGGCCUGACCUUUGGCCUCCUUUAUCUCCUUUAGUUGGUGGUCAAAGCAAAGGAGAGCCCUGGGGCCCCAAGGUGCGGGCAGGAGGUGGGUUUGGGGCUGGCCCCAUCCUGGUCCAGCCCCUUAACCUCUCUAAACCCUGAGCACACACUGGCUGUUCUCCCCUCCCCUCUCCCCACCACCCAGACCGUCCAUUCUACCCUCCCUCUCCAGCCUGCCGAAUAGCUAGCCUAAGAAUCACACCUUGAGCCCCCUUCUCCAUGCUCUGUUGCCUCCAUGCUUUCGAGGCUUUUAUCUGUGUCUGUCCCACACUGCACCAAACACCACUGUGCACCAGUUUCCAGCCCCUUUGGGCCCUCCACUCCCUUCAGAGACUGACUGUGUAUGAGGAACACAUCUCUGUAAUUAUGCCCACUACCUCCUCUAUGCUCUUUUCUGUCUUCCUUGAACAAACCUCUCUUCAGGUUAGAAGGUCAUAGGUGCUAUGGAGAUGAUUCUCCCAGUCCCCGACAGCUGAUGACAGUCGCUUAGCCUCACUACCGGGGGAGUGGGUUGAGUCAGAGACCAAAGUGACUUCUGGGGCUGUACUCCUGGCAGCUGAGUGUCCUUGCUCUGGAAGUUCAAAGGCAGCAAGGUACUGAGCUGUGAGCCAAGCCUGGAUGUGUCUCAGGUAUUUCAUCCUCACCUCACCUCUCCCCAACAGAUCCCUCUAGAAGUUGCCAAGAAUUUCUCUCUAGUCUGUUCUUCUUCCAAGAUUGCGUCUCCCCCCCAAACUAAAUGUGAGAUCCCCACCACUUCCAGCCCCUAUUGCCCAGUUUGGGGUCACUGAGGUCAGAGGUCAAAGCAGGAUUCAGGUGAUGGGGGUGGAGGGGAACUGACACCUAUUAAGCAUCUCUUGUGUCCCAGUUUCUGUGCUGGGUGCUUUACCUGCGUUAGCUCAUCUAAUCCUCCUAAAACUUCAGGCAGGUUAGGGAAGGACAGCAGCCAGCAGCCAUGCUGGGUUUUACUUUUUCCAAAGCACUCCCUUAUCAUCUCCUGUAAUUAUCUCCCAACCCCUCGAGAUAGGGCGAGCAAAUACUGUCCUUCCCAUUUUAGGCUGAGGCUAAAAGACUGGUCUAAAGUUACACAGCUGUAUAGAGAGCUAAGACUUGAACUCAGGCCUUCUUAUGCAAAAUCUCAUGAUCUUUCCACUCAGAAAUCAGAGGAGACGAGGUCUGUGCUGAGACCAAUCCUAGGCCCCUCCUGGGAGCCCCUGGCAGAAACCAGCGCACACAACCCAGCCUGCCCAGCCCAGCCUGCUGCCUUGUGGUAGACAUGGGGCCUUGGGGAGGGCCGUGGCCAGGGAGGGAGAAAAUGACAAAGACACGAGCUGGUUUCUGCCCUUGAAGAGCACCCAGUCUGGAGGAGGGUGGAUAUCAGACACACGCCAAACCAGACAGAGGCAGGGAAGCAUGGAGGCAGAUGAACAGACCUUCAGGUCCCCAAGCUGGAGACUGAGAAGACUCUGAGCUAAGGGGAGGAGUGGCUGACCACUGGGUCCCAGCUGCCUCCACCUCCGCGCUCCCACUUUGUGCCACAUGACUUUGCACCUGCACAUGUUGCUUCCAUAUUGUUUUGUAUCUUUUAAGCUGUGAUUCUGUAUCUAGGCGGUGCCUCCCAGCUAGAC